AUGGAUGACUUCUGUCAGUACAAUUUGUUCAAGAAGCCCAAGGCUCACCUGAUGAUCCCGCCUCCUUACGUGCGGAAGAGCGAGGACGACGGAAAAUGCAGGAGAAAGCAGACGCCCACCUUGAGGCUGAAGAGUAGUGACCCGGCGCACUUGCUAUUGCUGUGCGAAUCCCUGAGGCAAGGACACUCAAGGGAACUCGAAAUCCUCUUAAAUAAAUACUUUUUAGAGGAGACAACCUGCUCGACCGUGUUCUUAAUUAACUUCUUCUCGGUGAGAGGGGAGGCCGUGAUUCGAAUCAUCGGGAAAACUUUGUUGGAGAAUCAGCUAAAUUUGCCGCUGAAUGAUAAUUUCGUCGAAGAUGCGUUCAGCGCCGAAAGAGGCGGAAUACACAUUGGCUUCAAUAGGAUGAACUCCGAUUUGGCAACGGAAUUAAGGGAAGUUGCAUCGGACGCUCUCGGUGGUGAAAUCUAUGCUUUUCCUGUUUUCGAACACGCUGAUGAAUCAGAAGAUGAUAAGGGGCCGGUGUUUGUGAUCUGCAUCGUGAACUGCACUCAGCAGAUCACGUUCGUCGGACAACUGAUUGACGAGACGUUCAGAUUCUGUCUGCCCGUCUUCCUGAACACGCUGAAGGCCGAAGAACAACUGCGGUUGAAAUUGCAGACGCACGCGAUCCUCACCAUCGUGAACGGUCUGUUCACGCGUCUCGUUGAUCUGAAGGAUCUGCUGCACGAUAUCUUGGAGGAGGGUAGGAUGUUGGUGAGCGCUGAAGUGUGCAGGUUGUACAUGUUGGACAAGAAGAGCGUCUACCUGGAGGAGUACAACGACGAAGUGUUGGGCGGAAGUCCUAUUACGAAGAACAAAGGUGUCGCCGGUUUCGUAUUUUCGACCGGGAAUAUUUUGAAUAUAAAGGAUGCCUACGGGCACAAGCUCUUCCAUAAAGCGGAUGACGAAGGUCGUGGUUUCAUCACCAGGAACAUUCUUUGCGUCCCAUUGAGAGAUGGACACAACGCCUUUGGAGUUUGUUAUUUAGCCAACAAAAUCGAGGCCGAAUACUUCAGCGUCUUCGAUGAAGACGCAGCUAGCAUGUUCGGGUUGUACACAGGCCUAGCCAUCGCCCAUGCCAACAAAUACAAGAUCAUCGACGAGAACUUGGACAAACGCAUCUUGACCAACAACAUUCUAAUGGAACCAUUACUUAUAAGACCUAGCGACAUCAAGCAUAUGAUGUACGCGCAGAGACCCAAAUUCGAUGACUUCGGGAAACUUCAAUUCAACGGUAGAGACGUUCCAUUCCAUCAAUCAACGCUUCUGGUGGUGCAGAUGUUCGAGAAUCUUAAUCUACUAAGCACGCUCAAGAUCGAAAAGAAUAUUCUCUCCAAAUUCAUCCUAGGUGUUCAGCAUAACUACAGAGCUCUGCCUUACCACAAUUGGAUGCAUGCCUUUUCGGCUACCUGUUUCAUGUAUGGCCUCAUCACCACUCUCGAGUUUUUAUCAAACGAUAUCCUGAGCCCAUUGGAAAUCUUGGCUUUGAUGGUUUCAAUAUUGUGCCACGAUAUAGAUCACACGGGCUGCGAAAAAGUUGAAAAAAGCUUAGCCGUCCUGUACACCAGCAACACUUCGGUCUUGGAGGAACACCAUCUCACGAGGACUAUUUGCGUUUUAAACAGUGAAGGUUGCAAUUUUCUGGAACACUUGGAUCACAAAACGUACUCUCGUUUUCUGGACUGCUUGAAAGAAAACAUUUUAGCGACGGACGCAUUAACGCACAUGAAAAUCGCCAGGAAGCAGGAAAUAAUCUUGACGAAAUGCAACAAACCGAAAAGCCGUCAAUACCGAAGAUUGCUGUGCGCGCUGCUGAUGACCUGCGCUGAUUUGAGCGAUCAAGUUCAGAUUUGGAAUGUGGUGAGGAUGAUCACUGUUCAAAUAUACGCUGAAUGCUUUCAAGAGAAUGAGGCCGAAAAGGUAUUCGGAACUUUAGAGAACGUGCCUGAAGAGGAUAACUUCGAUAAAUGCCUGAUACCUGAAAUGCAGAUGGACUUCAUCCGGAGGCUUUGUUUGCCGCCGUUUAAGGUCGUAUCGAUCCUGUUUCCUGAAACUCGGGUCUUCGUGGAUACCUUGGUGAAACACCUGAGGUACUGGGAGGAAUCAAAGCAGUAUUUCAUGUACACGGAUGGAACAAUCGCCGAGAUUCUGAUGAGCGACAUGCUCGAUUUCAGCGACAUAGAAGUACCUCCUGAGGAGGAGGCCGAGACCGAAGAUUCUGAUACAGGCAACUCGAUGGAUUCGAAGAUGUCCGUGCUGAGUGAUUAUUAAAUGCAAUAAAUCACCAGUUGCACUCAAUCGUAAAUACCAAUUAUUCUUCGUUUAAAUUAAGCACAAGUUAAUUGCAUUAAUUAGACGGAAUGCGACUAAUUGUUACCAGCAAAUUACAAAAGCCAUCAUUAAUUACGAUGAGCGUAUUCCGCAUAAACUUCUGUUGUUACGAAAGUAUAUUAACUAUUAAUCACGCAGUACAUUCAAAGUUUGAAGUUCAAUACGCAAUGCCUUCCCAUUAUUAUUUUUUUUAAAUAGCAACAAGUCUGUUCAAAUAUUUUGUGUAAUCGUGUUUUGUCUAUGUUAA